AUGUCCAUCCUUAGGGCCGCCCUCUUUGCCCCUCUCGUCGCGGCUGCUACUCUGUCGCAGCAUCAGACCGUCCGACGACGCGCGUCGGAGCUUGACAAGGCUUACGACUUUGUCAUCGCCGGUGGUGGCACCACAGGUUUGACCAUUGCAGAUCGCCUCAGCGAAGCUUUUCCUGAAAGGAAUGUCCUCGUGAUUGAGUACGGCGACAAUGUCUACGCCCCAGGGGUCUUCGAUCCGCCCCAAGUCAUCUGGCGAGGCGAGGGAGGGGAGAGCAGCCCUGCUUGGACCUUUAUCUCCCUGCCCGCCCCCGACGUCUUGAACCGGACGGCCUUCGUUCUGGCGGGCCAGUCGCUCGGCGGCAGCAGCUGCAUCAACGGCCAGUUUUUCGAUAGGCCGUCCAGGUGGGAUUUUGAAGCUUGGAAUCAGCUCCAGAAGCCCGAAAACGACGAGAGUGAUCCGCAGUGGGACUGGGACGGCAUCUAUGAGUAUUUCAAAAGAGCGUCACCUUCACAGAACCACCUGAUGAAGUCGUCGAGGAGCACGGCUAUACUUGGGACCCAGCCGUCUACGGCGGCACCACCCCAUCUACGCGAGCUUCCCCCUUUCCUCUGGGACGACAACGACGUCAUCAGGGACGCGUUCCUCGAGCUCGGCGCCCCCGAACUAACAGAGUGCUCCGGCGGCGACAAGAACGGCGUGUGCUGGGUCCCGACGUCAGCCCACCCAGUCACAUUCCGGCGGUCGCACGCCGGGCUCGGCCACUACGCCGCAAUCCAGGAGAGGCCCAACUACCACGUGCUCCUUAACCACCAGGUCACCAGGGUCGUCUACGGCAAGGGCUGCGCGGCGAAGGCGCCCCCGUUUGUAGAAGUGCGGAGCCUGGGAGACGACAGCGUCUUCAACGUGACUGCUCGCCUAGAGGUUGUCAUUUCGGCCGGAACGUUUCACACGCCUACUAUCCUUCAGAGAAGCGGGAUCGGGCCGUCUGAUUUCCUAGAGGAGUUGGAGUGGAAUUACACGGAGCCCGCAGAUUGGUCCCCACUACCGGUCGACAUGCUCAAGGAUGACUUCCUCGCCGACGCCGUCGCCGGCUUCAAUGAAACACCAGCCCGUGGCCCCUACACCCUCGCCAUGGCCAAUCUGGCCCUUUUCCUCUCUCUACCCCUCAUCACUCCCAACAUCCUUCCUACCCCCGCGUACCGCGACGACCCCACCCUAAUCGCCGGCUACGAGCAUCAGCUCCUCGUCCUCGCCGACCUCCUUGAGAACCCCGAGGCCCCCAGCCUAGAGAGCCCCUACGCAACAGCCGGGACCUCGAUCCCUUCUUUCCUCCUCCACCCGCUGAGCCGCGGCACCGUCAGGCUCGAUCCGGCGAAGCCCCUCGACCAGCCCAUCGUGGAUUACCGCACGGCGUCCAACCCCGUCGACUUGGACCUGCACCUCGCGCACGUCAAGUACCUCCGCGGCGUCUUUGACACGCCGACCGUGCAGCAAUAUAAGCCCGUGGUGACGGUGCCCGCGGAUGACGUGACGUCCGACGACGACCUCAUCCAGUUCAUCAAGGAAACCAUGGUGUUCUCUUAUAUGCAUCCGUGCUGCACGGCGGCCAUGCUGCCGAGGGAGAAGGGCGGUGUUGUGGGGACGGACCUUAGGGUACAUGGUGCAAAGGGCCUGAGGGUGGCUGAUAUCAGUGUCUUGCCUAUCCUUCCGAGCUCGCACACCAGUGCGCAGGCCUACGCUAUUGGCGAAAAGGUGAAUCAAGAGACCCGCUUCCAAUAA